CAUGUGGUUGUUAACGACGCUUGAGUGUCUCUUCUGUAUCUUCUGAACAAUAACCCGUCGUAUCCUCUACACUUGUGCCAAUAUAGUAAACAUGAAGUAACAAGCACAGUAUGUCUUCGGUAAUCGUGCAAGUUGGACAGUGUGGGAACCAAAUUGGCCAUCAUUUCUGGAGCAAAACCGUCCGGGACGAAUGCGCUGAGAAAUGUAAUGUGUACAAGUCCCAGGACGGAUACCUGCGAGCAGUUUGUAUUGACAGCGAGCCAAAAGUUGUGGGGAAAAUUCAGAGGGGCUGUAAAGUCAGAGAUGCUAAUGUUGUAUGCGGGAAGCGAGGACGUGGCUCUAACUGGGCACUAGGAUACCAUGGGUUACCUUCCAAGGGAGAUAACCACGUGCUGGAAGAUUCCAUGGAGGCGCUACGGAAAGAAAUAGAAAGAUGUGCUCAUUUCUCCGGAACGAUGAUUUUUCACAGUCUCAGUGGAGGAACAGGUUCAGGCCUUGGUUCACGACUCUGCGAGGAAAUCCGUGACGCAUACCCCAUGCAGUAUUUACUGUCCUGUGCGGUAGCCCCCUGUACCAGCGGAGAGAGCCCCCUUCAGAAUUACAACUCUGCAUUCACACUCUCCUGGCUGCAGAGAUAUGCUGAUGGUAUUAUACUACUGCGUAAUGACGACAUGCUGCAAAAGGUGAAAAAAAGAUCGGAACAGGAGAGUGCUGGUUUUGAAGACUUAAACUCUGCUAUAGCUGGCUCUCUUUGCGGGGUUGUUCUACCCACUGACACACUGAAGUCUAGUGGGUACAGCUUGGGGAUGGAACCCUGGGAAAUGGUGCGCUCGCUCUGUCCGAUGCCCAGUCUGAAGUUUAUGAACCUCUCCCAUGCGUCCAGGAGUAAAUUGUCUUGGGAAGGAUUGGUUUCCAGCAUUUCUCAAGGUCACAGAAGACGAGACAGUCAAGGUCAAAUUGUUAGGACUUUGAGCACCUUGUUGGUUGCUAGGGGUGACGCAACAAGUACUUUUUUUAGGAACUUGAAAACGACGGAGGAGAAAAUAAAGUCUGCGUACAAUGUUGUGAAUUGGAAUCCAUUUCCUGUAGAUGUCUGGACAGCCAAAGAUUUUCCACCAGGACCUAGAGGUUCCUCCUCCGUUACCAUAGCAGCGAACUCGGGAUGUAUCAUGGAAUUCCUGGACACUGUUUCGCACAAAGCUCAGAGGAUGUUCCGAGAGAAAGCCUAUCUUCACUGGUACCACAGAUAUGGGUCUAGUGAGGCUGAUUUUACAGAGGCUUUCGAGACACUGGCAAGGAUAUAUGGAGAUUAUCAAGAAGCGAUGCGAUAACGGAUAGAAAACCUCGAGUUCCUAUGUUUGCAGAAGAUAGAUUGGUACAGACUUCACACACCAGUUCUUAGGCCGUUCGUCUGUGCCGUAAUGACCUGACAACCUGGGAGUACGAUCUUCUAAUUCUAACCCAUUAAUUAAUCAACCAUUCAGACCAUUGCCUAAAUAACUGACAUUCCUUCCUGUCUCACUACAAGUGUACUACGAUAUUUCUUCUAAAUUUUGGGACACCUGGUCUACUCAUUUUAGGCAAUAUAUAUAUAAUUCUAGCAGGAAUAUUGCGUUUCUUUUUUUCUCACAUGGUUAGACCAUCUAAUGAACAACAUACUCAUAUCUUUACGUUUUCAAAAGGCUGGCAAAUAAGUGUAAUAUUCUACUUUCAACACUAUUAAUAUCUGUCCCAACUUUUAGAAGAAUUCGUUAUUACUGCUAGAUAGUAUACAACAUGCUUCUAAUAGGGUGGCACUAACUGC